AUGGCAAUCGCCAAUUAUCUGCUGCCUCUGAUUCCGGUCGGAUUCUUCCUCCUUUCUGGCGUUGUUUCGUUCGUGGCCAUCAAUGUGCGGCAGACGUACCGGCCGUAUCUCCUGCCCGUCUUCCUCCUGGCUGCCGGGCUUUCUUUCGCCACGAUCAAUUAUUUCCAAUGGCCAUCGGGGCUGAAUAGCCUCUGGGGCAUGGCCCUCACCGUGUACGUGAUGCAUCAGACGUCCAUUCUCUGCAUCGAGAAAUACGUCCUCCCGAGCAGGAGGACGGACGGUGCGUGGGACUGGCUGGGCGCGUACAAGACGUGGCUCAACCCGCGCCUCCUCAACACGCCCCUGGAGGCUCCGGGCAUCAGGAAAGCGACUCGCCCGCAAGGGAAGGCGAGGUUCGCGAUGCGGUGCCUGAUCAAACUCGUCUUGUACUGGGCGGUGAACGAGUAUGUCAUCAACCGCACUAUCCAACGCAUCACGGCGACGGACUCCCUUUCCAUCCAGCACUUCUCCGCCCCCGUCGGGGAGAGCUACUUCCGGCGGCUGCUGCUGCCGGCAUCCUCAUCGUCUAUACCAGCAAUCACCUACCAAGAGACCAUUCUGCACGCCGUUUUCGCCAUCCACUGGAUCUGGGGCUCGUACAUCGGCAUCGAUGGGGCACACGCGAUCCUGUCGCUUCUUUUCGUCAUCGUGUUGCGCCUCGACACCCCCGAGGAGUGGCCGCCGCUCUUCGGGAGUCCUCUCGAGGCGUACAGCAUCCGACGCUUCUGGGGCCGGUUCUGGCACCGGAUUGCGUACCGGCCGCAUACGAGCUGUGGCCGGUGGCUAUCGAGGAACGUCCUGCAGCUAAGACCCGGCUCCGUCGGGGAGAAGCUCUUCGUGGCGUUUGCGGUAUUCACGUUCUCGGGCAUAGCGCAUUCGCUCGUCUCCUGGCAGCGGGGAGACCAGUGCGGACGUCUGACCGACAUCUGGUUCUUCUACCGGAACUUCGCCGCAGGGGCGGUGGAGACGGUGGUGAUGAAGCUGAUCCGGGGCUCGAAGACGCUGGACGGGCUGCUGCGGAGGAGUGUCGUCGGCAAGAUACUUGGGUAUGCGUGGGUGUUUGGGUUCUUCUUCUGGAGUGUGCCCAAGUGGGAGUUUCCGAAGAUUUAUUGUCUUUUACAGAGUUAUGAUUCCGAGAGUUAG